CAUCUUUCACCAAAAAUUUCACUCACAGCUUAAAAUUUCCUCCUCCGCCCAAAAACCCUCUCGACGCUCCGAACCCCAGCAAUGGCGGACCCGCCGUCCUUCCGCCGCCACCCGCACCCCUUCUCCAUCGACCUCAUCCGCUGGCUCCCCUGCUCCUCCUCCUCCUCCUCCGACCGCCUCCUCGCCGCCGCCGUCCACGACCCGGCGGCGCCCUCCUCCUCCUCCUCCCACCUCCACCUCCUCCCGCUCCACGACCCCUCCUCCCCGCUCGCCGCCCUCCCCCUCCCCUCCCGCGCCGCCUCCCUCCGCUGCUCCCCCUCCGUCCUCGCCGCGGCCACCUCCUCGGGGUCCCUCCACCUCCUCCCCUCCUCCCUCGACGCCGCCGGAUCGGCCGGGGUGUCCGUCCCUGCCGGCGCCGGGUUCCACGUGGGCCCCGUCCGCGGCCUCGACUGCGGCGGCGGUGGGGAGGAGUGGGUGACGGCCGGGGAGGACGGCAGGGUGCACGUGGUGGGCGGUGGCGGGGAUGGGAGGGUGGUGGCGAGGAGGCUGUGGGAUGGGAAGGGGAUGGCCGGGUACGAGGCCGCCAGGUGGGCGUCGGCGGCGGAGUUCGCCACCGGUGGCGCCGGCUGCGGCGUGCAGUGGUGGGACAGGAGGAAGGGGGACGCCGUGGUGGCGCAGUGCAAGGGCGUUUGGGGCCGUGGCAUUGUCACUGGUAUGGUUCAUUCCAUUGACAUUCAUCCAUCAAGAAAGCAUAUCUGUGUGGUGGGAGGGUCCUCAGGGACAAUAUUUGCUUGGGAUCUGCGGUGGCCGCAGCAACCAAUACCACUCUCUGGUUUAGGCCUUAAUGGAACAGCACAGCCUGUGUCUGAGAGUGAGGUCUGGGAGGUUCUUUUUGACAAUUACACUCAGUCUACUGAUAUCAUCUCAUCUGCCUCGACGAGAAUAUUACCUGUGAUGAUGUGCUCAGAGGAUGGGAUCCUUGCAGUCGUCGAACAAGAUGAGAGGCCCCUUGAAUUGCUUGCUGAACCUUGCGCUAUCAACUCCUUUGACAUAGAUCCUGAGAACCCUUCUGAUGUGGUUUGUGCCCUGGAAUGGGAAUCAAUUGGUGUACUAACACGUGGUAGAGAUACAAUGGCUGAAGAAUGAAAAGUUCUAUUUCGUUAAAAAUUUCCUGCAUGGUCUUCCUUAAAUUGUGUGGGGCAACUAUGCCAAGAUAAACGUCUUCUAGGAAUGACACUGAUUCAAGUCGUCCAACUUAUGUCUGGUGCUGGAGUAAAUUGUCUUGCGACUUUGGGUCGUUGGUUCGUUGCCUUGUCGGUGUAAUUGAAGAUCGUGGAAAUUUGAUGUGAAAGAUUAUCGUUCCUAGUUUCCUACAUGUGUAACUGCGCUUUACGGGAGUUGGGUGUUCCAUUCUUGAAAUGCAAGUUGGAAUGGUCCAAAACUAUUUUGGCAAGUUCUUUGUUGUAGACAGUAUUUUGGUGCUCAGGGAUGGGUCGACUGUUGUGAGAACUUUUUGUUCCAUGUGCUCCCAAGUCAUGCUAAUGAUGGCUACCAUACAAAAUUUCAAACGGAAAUUGAUUCCGGCACCGAGAUGCCAUUAAACCUUUA